AUGGGGCUCAAGUCCUCCUCAGCGCGUCCGUCGCAGCGCGGCGUCGCCAACGCGUCUCGAAAGCGCUCCUCUUCGACUCCGACCGUCCCGACCCGGCAAUCGUCCCGAACCCGCAAUGUGGAGCCAGAGUUCAGUGGAGUUGCCGAGGAGCACCGCGAUGGCCGGAUCGAACUCGACUCGGGAGACAUCAUCGCCCCGGGUGUUGGCAAGCCCGACGAGCGGGACGGCGCACUGCUCCGCCUCGUCACCUCCGGCCAGGAGGGAGGCUCGAGGGAGGAGGCGCCCCGACAAAAGGGCAGGCCGGCCGGCAAGGGACGGGGCGCCGCCAAGCCGCCCGCCGCUGCCUCCUCCCUCGCACGCUGCUCGCUCGCCGAGGCGGACGUGGCCAAGGUGACCAAGUCCGCGGUGGUGCACCUGCAGUUCCAGCCGCGCGACGACACGCUCCUCCUCGCGGCGGGCGACAAGGACGGCCACGUGUCGCUGUGGCACUGCGACCGCGCCGAGGACGACCC